UAGUACGAGCCCAAACUUCGCUAGUUUAUGACUUCUGAGUGCACAAUUAGUUUCAUUUGACCAAUUUGGCCGAAGCUGGAAUAUCUCUUAUCAUAAUUUGUGUGUACCCUAAUGCAAUUAUCAAUUCGCAUGCAUCUGUUUCAUAACGGAAGCAUCCAAAAGCAUGACAAACUGAGUGUUGGUCGCAACUCGACAACAGUCGUGCCGGAGAUUGACUACAAUUCAGAUGAACUUUUCCUAAACUAGCAUGAAUCUGAAACCACUACGGCUAGUGUUUCCCCUCAUUCACCUCGUAUAUGCGAAGAUCAUUCCCGAUGUUCACGAUAUGCACGGAUGUCCUGGUCACGAUUACCAUAUGGAUUUUUCCGGUAUCGAGUUCAACUACGAGGAUGAUGGCUAUAUGACCGUCAAUGGAAAUUUCACCUUCCUGAGGGACAUUGUCGCACCGUACCCGGCCUAUAUUUACUCGGAGCGAAUGGAACGUUCGGAAUGGCGGCCGGCAAUUAUCACCAAAAGUGUGUCGGACUUUUGCGAAGUACUGCAAAGCCCUUCGGAAAUCUGGUACCCGGUCACAAAGCAGUUGAAUCAGAAAAAUUGUCCGUACAAGGCGGGGUUUGUGGGAAGCGUCGAUCAUGUGCGUUAUAAGUUUCCUAUAUUUAUAACGCCUAACUUUCUUGGAGAAUGGAGAGUGUUUUUAGAACAGCGAGAUAUCACUAAGGAAACAAAAGAGUAUGCCUGUUUGGUGCUAUACUUCAGUGUAAUUGAAAUAUAAGAAGAUUCACAUUUUACAAUAAAAUUCUGUGUAAAUUUGAAUUCAAACAAAACAUGACAUUGCAUGAAUAUAAAAACUGUAAAAUUUAAUCUUCAAUUAUUAUCAAUGUCUUAAGUUUGUUAAGUUCAGUAGGUAUUUAAGUAUAAAUUGUUCUCCAGUACCGAAAGUAUUGGUACUAGAACUGUUGUUGACAGCCGUCAGUAAGGAUCUGAGGUAGACGAAUUCCUCCACCACCUCUGGAUCCCCGUGUAAAGUAACAUUACUACUCAGACGGAUCCGGUCGUGUUCGGUUCCGCCUAUCAGCAU